AUGCCUUUCCGAUGGGGACAGAAGCAGACACAGCAAGAGCAGGAGCAGGAGAAGCAGCAGCAGCAGGAGAAGCAGCAGCAGCAGCAGCAGCAGCAGCAGGGCGAGAAGAAGGAACCGUCACCACCAGCAUCCCCAUCAGGGCGGAUACAAGUGGUUGUGCACGGUACAGGGGGGCCAGGAGGGGUAGGAGGACCCAGCAGCAGCAGCGGUGGCAGCUGGAGAGACAACAGCAAGGAUGCUGAUAGCAAGGAGGACUCUUUGCCAGGAGGACCUAUGGGUCCAUCCCCCCUCCCUCCCCCACCCAUUGACCCCCGCCUCUCCGCCCUUCCCCCUACCGCCCUCCCCCCUCCCCCUGGCCCCUCCGCCUCCCCCUCCUUCCCCCUCCGACCCACACCCGCGCCCGCUCCUGCUGGUGCCUUCCCAAUGUCCUCUGAAGCACCCUCCUUUCCCCUCCGGCCGAUUCCUGCUCGUGCUGGUGCCGCUGCUGGUGCUGCUAUAGCCAGUGGCAGCGGUAGUGGGGGUGGGGGAGAAGGGGCGGAGGAGGGGAGGAGCAUGGGGUUUGAGAGGGACGAGUCUUGGGCCACGGCGCCUGAAGGGGGGAGGAGUGUGAGGUUUGGGAGGGAUGAGUCAUAUGCAACAGCAUAUGAUAGUGAAGGGGGUGAUGGUGGUGGAGAGGGGGGUGAGGGUACCGGUGCUUCUGCCAGUGCUGCUGCAGCAGCAGGGGUGGCAGGGGUGGCAGGAGCGGCAGGGGCGGCAGGAGGAGGGGCAGGUUCGGCAAGUGGUUGGGGUUCGCGCCGUCCGCCGCUAGGCCCGGGAGCCGUAGGUUCGGCAGGCACGCCUGCGGCCUUGGCUCGGGGCCGGCCGACCAGUGCUAGCACCACUGCAUCCCGGAGCUCUGCUGAUUGGUCGAGCCCGGACGAGUCAGAGGUUGAAUCAAGAAAUACCGACACUUUGUUAAGUGCUGAGAGGAGUGUUACUCCUAGCGGGGAUAGGAUGAUGGGGGGUGCGGAUGGAGGGGAAAGAGGCAUGGGGGCAAAUGAUGCUUUGACUAGUGCAAUCAUGGCUUCGUCUAUAUCAGCUGCGGCUGCUGUUGAGAUGGCACGGCAACGGCAGCAGCAGCAACGGCAGGAGGAGGAGGAGAGGCGAAAGCAGGAGGAGCAGGCAGGAGGCGGUUUGCGACAGGAAGGAGGGAGAGGCAGAGGAGGGGAGGGGGAGAGGGAGGGGAGUGAGAGAGAAUGGUCGUUUGCAUCGAGUGAGGAGGAGGAGGAGGAUGAUGUUCCUGUAGGUGAAGUGUUGACGUCAGGGGAGCAAACGAGUGGUCAAAUGCAGCAGCAGCAGCAGCAGCAGCAAAUGGGAGUUGCUGCAGCGGGUGGUGGUAGGAGGAGGAAGGAAGUGAGUUUUGACGAGGGGGUGUCGUCUGGCUCUGCUGUUUCGGCUGCGGUGGUUUCGUCGUCUGCUUCGGGUGUUUAUGGUGGCGCGGGAUGGGGGGAUGGUGAGGGGAAUAGCGGCGUUGUGACUGCUGAGGUUAUUGAGGAGGAGACUGAAGAGGAGGAGGAUGAAGAGGAGGAGGAUGAGGAGGAGGAUGAAGAGGAGGAUGAGGAGGAGGAGGAGGAUGAGGAGGAGGAUGAGGAGGAGGAGGAAGAAGAGGAGGAGGAUGAGGAGGAAGAGGAGGAAGAAGAGGAGGAUGAGGAUGAGGAGGAGGAAGAGGAAGAAGAGGAGGAUGAGGAGGAAGAGGAGGAAGAAGAGGAGGAUGAGGAGGAGGAAGAGGAAGAACAGGAGGAAGAGGAUGAGGAGUAUACAGAGACAGAGGAGGGUACAGAAGAAGUUACGGAGGAGGUAACUGGGACAGAGGAGGUUACAGGGACCGAAGAAGUGACAGGGACGGAGGAGGUCACAGGGACAGAAGAGGUCACAGGGACAGAAGAAACGACGAAGGAUUACGAGGAGGAAGAAGAGGAGGAGGAGGAGGAGGAAGAGGAGGAGGAAGAGGAGGAGGGAACAGAAGUCACUGAAAUGACAGAGGAUUAUGAGGAGGAAGGCGAGGGAGAGGAUGAGGAGGAGGAGGAAGAGGAAGAGGAAGGGGAGGAGGAGGAGGAGGAGGAGGAGGAGGAGGAGGAGGGAACAGAAGUCACUGAAGUGACAGAGGAUUAUGAGGAGGAAGGGGAGGGAGAGGAGGAAGAGGAGGAGGAGGGGACUGAGGAAACGGAAAUGACUGAGGAAUAUGAGGAGGAAGAGGAAGAGGAGGAAGAAGAGGGGACGGAAGUGACUGAGGAUUAUGAGGAGGAAGAGGAAGAGGAGGAAGAGACAGUGGAGGGAACAGAGGAGGAAAUAACCCAAGAGACAGAAGAGGAGGAAUAUGAGGAGGAGGAGGAGGAGGAGGAGGAGGAGGAGGAGGAGGAGGAGGAGGAGGAGGAGGAGGAGGAGGAGGAGGAGGAGGAGGAGGAGGAGGAGGAGGAGGAGGAGGAAGAGGAGGAGGGAGAGGAGGAAGGGUAUGGGACCGAAGAAGCAACAGAGGAAGGAACGGAGGUGACAGAAGAAGAGGUGACAGGGGAAGAGGUAACAGAAGAGGAGGUGACAGGGGAGGAGGUGACAGAAGAGGAGGUGACAGAAGAGGAGGUGACAGAAGAAGUGACAGGGGAAGAGGUGACUGAAGAGACUGAAGAGACAGAAGUGACUGAAGGAACAGGGGAGGGGGAGGAGGAGGAGGAAGAAGAGGAGGAGGAGGAGGAAGAGGAGGAGGAGGAGGAGGAGGAAGAGGAGGAGGAUGAAGAAGAGGAGGAGGAAGGGACAGAAGAGGAUCAAGGGGCGUCAUACUAUGGUGGGGAGGAGGAAGGGGGCGAGGGGGAGGUGACGGUUCACACUAUAGGCGAGGAGCAAACGAUUGAUGAUGAUGUUACCUCUAUGACUGAAUCCCAACUUGCCUUGUAUGAUGAAGUGGGUCAGAUGGUAACGGAGACAGAAGGAGAGACGGAGGAGAGUGAGGGGAGCUAUGAUGGGGUUCCAGGUGCUGGGGAGGGUGGGGAGGGGUGGGUGGGAGAGGGAGAGGAAGAGACGGAGGAGGAGACGGAGGGAGAGGAGGAAGAGGAAGAAACAGAGGAGGGGACAGAGGGGGAAGGGGAGGAAGAGGAGGAGGAGGAGGAGGAGGAAGAAACAGAGGAGGGGACAGAAGGGGAAGGGGGGGAAGAGGAGGAAGAGGAAGAAACAGAGGGAACAGAGGGGGAAGGGGAGGAAGAGGAGGGGGAAGAAGAGGAAGAAACAGAGGAGGGAACAGAGGGGGAAGGGGAGGAAGAGGAAGAAACAGAGGAGGGAACAGAAGGUGAAGGGGAGGAAGAGGAAGAAGAGGAGGAAGUGACAGAGGAGGAAGGGGAGGAAGAGGAAGAAGAGGAGGAAGUGACAGAGGAGGAAGAGGAGGAAGAGGAGGAGGAGGAGGAGGAGGAGGAGGAGGAGGAGGAGGAGGAGGAGGAGGAGGAGGAGGAGGAGGAGGAGGAGGAGGAGGAGGAGGAGGAGGAGGAGGAGGAGGAGGAGGAAGAGGAGGAAGAGGAGGAAGAGGAAGAGGACGAGGAAGAAGAGGAGGACGAGGAGGAGGAUGGAUCGAUCAGUGUGGUGCCCCUGAAGGAAGAGAGUAGCAGAGAGCAGGACACAGGCGAGGGAGGAGAACAGGGCUCGUCACAAGAAGAGACAGAGGGAGAGACGGAGGGAGAGACGGAGGCAGAGGGAAGCAGCACAGAGGGAGAGGAGGGAGGAGGGAGAGAGGCGGGGUACGCUGCGAUCGCAGCAGCAGCAGCGGUGGUGGCGGCGGCAGGCGGUGGGGCCUCUGCUGCUGCUAUUCGCAUGCAGCAAGCAGGGAGCUUCAACCGCGAGAUGGGAGCUGGCGGUGCUGCUGGUGAUGGCGGGGGUAUGUGGGGUUUGGAAGGGCUGGAUCGGGGUAGCAGCGGGAGGCUGAGCAGGAGCGGCAGCAGUGCGAGUGGGUACACUGAAGGGGAUAACGAGGAAGAUAAUGAAGAGGAUAAUGGUGGGGACGGGGAUGGGGUGAGUGUUGCAAGUGGGGCCAGUUCGGGUGAGGGGCGAGAAGGGAGCGCGGGAGUGGGGGGUGGUGGACACAGGGAGGCUGAAGGGGGAAAGGGAGAUGGAGUGAGAGGGGGGGAAGGGCACAACAGGCAUGGGCGCCCGGACCUUGUUCCGGAGCUGAGCCUCGAGCCGAGGCUAGAGGCUCGGGAGGAGCAAGAAGGGGGUAGAGGGAUUGGGGAAGGAGGUGUGCAAGGAGAGAGCUGGAGAAGCCAUGGAACAGAAGUAACUGGUGAGACUGGUGAGGGGGAAGAGGAGGAGAGUGAGGAGGGGAGUGAGGAGGGGAGUGAGGAGGGAACAGAGGAAGUGACAGAAGAAGUGACAGAGGAAGGGAGUGAGGAGGGGAGUGAGGAGGAGGGAACAGAGGAAGUGACAGAGGAAGUGACAGAGGAAGGGAGUGAGGAGGGAAGUGAGGAGGAGGGAACAGAGGAAGUGACAGAGGAAGGGAGUGAGGAGGUGACUGGGGAGGCAGAAGAGACAGAGGGAGAGACAGAAGGAGAAACAGAGGGAGAAACAGAGGGAGAAACAGAAGAGGAAACCGAGGAAACGGAAGGCUCUGGGGAAACAGAGGAAACAGGUAUGACUGGCGAGACAGAAGAAACUGGGGAAGAGGAGGAAGAGGAAGAGGAGGAAGAGGAGGAGGAAGAGGAGGAGGAAGAGGAGGAAGAGGAGGAGGAGGAUGAGGAGGAAGAGGAGGAGGAUGAGGAGGACGAGGAGGAGGAGGAAGAAGAGGAAGAGGAAGAAGAGGAAGAAACAGAGGAGGGAACCGAGGGGGAAGGGGAGGAAGAGGAAGAGGAAGAGGAGGAAGAGGAAGAGGAGGGAGAGGAGGAGGAAGAAGAGGAGGACAGCGUAGAUCACACUGCCACUGGCCCCUCUGCCUUCCCUCCCCGCACCUCCGGCCGCAGCAGCCGGCAGGUUUCCUUCCAGGAGGACGUUCAGCCGGCAGCUAGCCGGCUAGCCGGCAGUUCUGGCGCCACUGGUAGUGGGGCGUAUGGGAGCGGGAGCUUCGGAGGGAGGUUAGGGAGCGGGAACUACGGGGGCGGUGGUGUGGGAGGGGGAGGGGAUUAUGGGGGGAGGCUGGGGAGGAGUAAUCUUGGGGGGGAGCAAGGGAAUGGGAAUUAUAGGGGAGAGGAGGCGUAUGGGAGUGGGAAUUACGGGAGUGAAGUGUAUGGGAGUGGGAAUUAUGCCAAGGGGCAUGCGUUGGGUAGUGGGAACUAUGGGAGUGAGGGGUACGGCAGCAGUGCAUAUGGCGGGAGUGGUAACCAUGGCGCGAUGUUACAUGGCGCUGGGGGGAGUGGGCUGGGCGGCAGACUAGGAAGUGGGGGCGGCUUGGGAAGCAGGCUAGGAAGUGGGGGGAUGAGUGGAGGGCUUGGGAGUGGGAAUAUGGGGAGUGGGAAUAUGGGGAGUCAGGUCAGUGGGAGUGGGAAUUACGGGGGGAAAUUAGCCCCUGUGCGGUCUCCUAGUGACAGCGGCCAGAGUGAAGGGCAAAGGGAGGGAGAGAGCGGAGGAGAGGGAGGAGGAGGAGUGGGAGGAGGAGGAGUGGGAGGAGGAGUGGGGGGAGAGAGAGGAGGGACGGGAGUGGGAGGGCCAGUUUGGGAGACGGACGAGGAGCGGAGUCAACCAGCUAGCAUGGAGAGACGAGAGGAGGGGCAAAGUAUGAGACAAGAGGAGGAUCGAAGCAUGGAGGCAGCAGAGGCCCGAGCACCACCGCCAGCAGCACAGGAACCAACGAGUGCAGCUGACGCAUCUGCAUCGCCCCCCAAGUCAGCAAAGAAAGGAGGAUGGCUGGAGAACCUCUGGGGCAAGUAG